AAGAUUUGAUGCAUGUAAUAUUAUCAACAUCCUGUUUGCAGCAUGGACUUCUCAGGAACCCAGCCCUGCGUGGGGAAAUACCCUUCAUGCCUUGAAAUUGGGAAGAAUGAAACCUUAUGUGACAGAGAAGCCGCACUACUGAGUUCUGGGAAGUUUGACUAUUUGACCACAUUUGUGCUGACCUUGUUAUCUGAGAGUUCCCAAAGGGAGGGACAAUCUCCUAUAUAAUGUAGAUUUUUCAUUAUCGGAGAUCAGGAGUCAGCUUGAGCUGCAGAGACGCCACGGAGCCCAGGAAAGGCCCUGCCUAGAGAUGAAGAAUCUGUUGGUAGUUGCUGUGCUGUUUGCUUGUGGCACAGUUCUGACACAGGGGAGUCUCUGGGAGCUUCAAAGGAUGAUUAAGGAAGUAACCAGGAAGAGUGCCAUUCCGAAUUAUUCCCACUACGGCUGUUACUGCGGAUGGGGCGGGGCAGGGAUGCCAAAGGAUAGCACCGAUCAGUGCUGCCGCCUGCAUGACUGUUGCUAUGACAAGCUUCAGGAUCGUGGGUGCUUCCCCAAAAUAUACAUGUACAGCUACUUCUACCUGAGUGGGAAGAUCCACUGCGGUGAGCUGGCUCCUGGACGGAGAGACAGGGGCUUGGGGGACUGGUGCGAAGAGCUGAGCUGCCAGUGUGACAAGAAGUUUGUGCUCUGCUUGAAGGAACACUUGAGCAGCUACAACAAGGCUUAUCGCUUCUAUUCCAAGAAGAGGUGUGGGAAGGAGGCACUCAUCCAACAACUCUUGGACAAGAUCCUUAGGCUGGCUGCUGAGGACGAGGUGCAGUUUGCAUUUGCAGACGGAGGCCAGCAUUGGGAUGUAUGGAGUAACCGAUUUUCUACAGCCUGCUGGACAGAGGGACUGCUCCUCUUGAAUAGAAGACCAGUGUGGGUUUCUCUUCUUCCAGAUCCUGACAAGUGGAAGAUGAAGUUCCUCUUAGCAUUGGCUGUGCUGUUCUCCUGUAGUGAAUUUGUGGUGCAUGGGAGUCUCUUGGAGUUUCGAAAGAUGAUCAAACAAGCAACUGGGAAAAGUGCGUUCCCAAAUUACACCUUCUACGGGUGCCAUUGCGGCGUGGGAGGCAAAGGAGAACCUAAGGAUGCCACUGACUGGUGUUGCCUGCGUCAUGACUGCUGUUACUCACGGCUCAUAGCUAGCAAAUGUCAUGUCAUAACUGACACAUACCAUUAUACCUACAGGAGAGGGGCCAUAACAUGCGGCCCAGGCAGCUGGUGUAAAAGGAGCAUCUGUAAGUGUGACAAGGCCGCUGCAUUGUGCAUGAAGCGAAAUUUAAGGAGCUACAACAAGGCAUACCGCUUCUACUCCAACCUCAAGUGCAGAGGGAGAAAGCCAAAGUGUUAAGCAAAGGUUCCUGUCCCACCUGGCUCCUUGCAAUGCUCAUUAAACCAUCUCCUAUUCUCAUGCAUUCAGCAUUCCCACACCGGUAAGCAAUCAAGUACUCCACUUGGGAUUGGGAAUUGCUGCCUCUCCAGCCAGCUGCUCUUUCCCGGGUGACCGUAAGGCAGAACUCAAGAGACUGCUCUGAAAUAAGAGACCGGACCUGCCUUAAACAGCAUCAUUAUACACAGGAUCAGAAGAGAAAUUACUUAGAGGGGGAAAGCAACGCAUGUCACAUUUUUGCUAGAAAUACCAAGGAGAACUGGCUCAUGUCUUCUGCCAUGGUUAAGUUGUGCUGGGUGCAGGGGGAGUCUCUCCAUUCUCUUCAAUAGUCUCUUCUGUCUCAGCGCAUAAAGGCAUGUCUAGAAAUGUCAAUUUCCUUUGCUCUUGCUUUAGUGCACAUUCGCUUUGGGCUGCUUCAGAAUAAAACGGAAGAGUAUCACCAUGUUCUCCUGGCCGUGACUCACAGGCGACGACUGGUCACCUUUUGUCAUGAGUGAGAAAGCUGGAAAGAGUUGCCCCCUUCAGCCAGGUUGCUAGUUAAAAUAGC